UGCCUAUCCAUUGCAUCUAUACAAGAUACAAGAGUUUUAAAAUGACAGCGCCGAGUAGCCAGGAAGAGAAAUUCGCGGUGAGGCGAGAUGUCUGGUGGCAGGAGACGAGGGAUGCAACGAGAGCGGCUCCUAUAAAUUGGCACGGCAGGAACUUUCUCUCUCCUGGUUUCAAGACGUGGAAGCUACUACCAGCUGGAUUAAAAGGACUAUCAGUGAAGUGCCAAUGUUCAGUGUCAGUGCUAUUCAUUACAUUUCCAUCAUGUCGCGCGCGGUGAUGUACAUACUACCCACUUGAAGGACGCUAGUCAUUAUGUUUAAUAACACGAGUGCACUAGUUGAACGCGUUCUCUAUCACACAGUCACCAUGGACAUAAACAAUCCUAACAAUGAACAGGUCGUGCACCUAGAGGACAGUGAAUGGACGGCAUUAGUAGCGGUCAUAACACUAAUGACUGUUAUUAUAGCCUUAGGAAGCUUUGGAAACAUCUUAGUGACAAUGGCUAUAAUCCAGAACAGAAAACUCAGAACUGUGUCCAACUUAUUCGUGGCCAACCUCAGUAUAUGUGAUCUGAUGUUUGUUUCUGUGGUGCUACCUGUUAAUAUGUAUACCUAUUUAACUGACGGAUGGCAUUAUCAGGAAGAGAUAUGCAAAUUUAUCGGAUUUCUGGGAUAUACGCUGACAGGUACUACAAUUAUGACCAUCACUCUGAUAGCGUGGAACCGCUACAAGCUGGUGGUAGAUGUCAGCAAGUACAAACAUCUCUUCAGAAAAUCUAACAUGGCCGUGAUGAUGGCAUGUACAUGGAUUGUUCCAGUAGUCUGCCUGCAGCCGGCAGUCUCGGGAGCGUGGGGACAUUUUGGUUACAUUCCAAUGCUGUCAAGCUGUAACCUGGGACUAGACAACUCCAGCCAAACCUUCAAAAUUUUCCUUCUAAUAGUCCGUGCAGCCAUCCCCUGUGGACUAAUCAUCUACUACUAUACAGCCAUCUACGUGACGACAAGGGCGUCCCAUCAACGUCUACGCUUUCUGUCGUCCACCACAACCAACUCAAUGCGGCUAAAUAACCAACGAAGGGAAAUGCGCCUGACUCGAAUGAUGAUUGCCAUCUUUCUGGUGUUUGUACUCAGUUACUUCCCUUGCACCAUCUCCAGUGUGAUCGACUGGAGUAGAAUGCUGAGUAAGACAUUUCACAUGUUUUGUCAGACGUCCGUCUUUCUUGGCAGUGCCAUCAACCCACUGCUGUACGGCUUCAUGAACGAACAGUUCCGUACGGCCUACUACCAAAUCCUGACAUGUCGAGUCAUGUGCCGACACUGUCGCUCCACGAAAAACAGGCAUACUUACGACGAAGAGACAGAGAACCAAAACGCGGCACUUAGUCACAGAGAGAACACCCUAGACAACGGCUGCCCUGAAGAAAGUGACUGGGCACUUAGAAGGGUCUGGGACAAUCUGAGUGAGAAUGCAGAGUCCCGUCAGUCAGAAACGUGCCAUUCUAAUACCUCCACAAAAGGAAGCACUUCAACGACUGACUGUCAGGUGUCACUCGAUGACACGUCAGGCAUUCAGAAACUUUUAUCAUGUAAAAGUGAAAUUCCUUAGAAACUAAGAAUACACAGCCCACAGCAGUGAUGCCCAAACUACGGCAUGCGGGUGAUAUCUGGCCCAUGAUAUUGUGCUAUCAGGAAAUGUCUGCACUAUAAAGCAGAAGAUGAUUGGCAUCAUUGGACUAGGUGAUGCGCGCCAAGACCCAUGUGGAAAUGUACAUGGCUCCAAGGUCGGGUACCAAUGAACAAAAGGGUGCAGUGACAAUUAAAUAUGUUCAUUAUCAGAUUGAAAUGGCACAUGUAUAAUAUAUUGAGUAACACGUUAAGUGUACCAAGUCAGAAAAAAGCUAUAUUCUUUUCACAUUCUGUUGGAACUGUAACCAUUCACUGUCACCUAUUUGCCUUAUUCCUAUCAUCAGCCAGUAUGAAACGUGUCAAAAACAAAAUGUGUUCAGUGUAGUUACAAAGUCAACAGGAUAAACAAUGGCAGUUCUUUAUUCUAUUUAAUAUUAUAAUGUGUCAUGUUAAAAUUGUUGAUAUUUCUUACUGGUAGAGAUAUAUUUUGAGAAAUAAAAAUAAACUAGUUACAGCU